GCGGAGAAGUAGUCCCCCUCGCCUUCCGCUCCACUCAGAGCAGGGAGAAGGCGUUACCGGACACGAACAUGAGGAAACAGGGGUAGAAGGAAAGGUUUCAACUCAGGACCGCGUUCGGCCCGCUCCACUGCGGGGACAGGGAUUUUCGAAACCAGCACCAUGCUGCGACUACCUGCUGUCCACAGGGCCUUAGCUGGUGUCACUCGGUCCAGCAAAGCAUGUGUGCGUGGAACAGCAGCAACAGCAGCAGCCAGCAACCAAAUAGAGGUGUUUGUUGAUGGGCAGCCUGUGUUUGUGGAUCCUGGAACCACAGUGCUUCAGGCCUGUGAAAAGGUUGGAAUUCAGAUACCUCGUUUUUGUUAUCAUGAUCGGCUGUCUAUUGCUGGAAACUGCAGGAUGUGCCUUGUGGAAAUAGAGAAAGCCCCCAAGCCAGUUGCUGCUUGUGCUAUGCCGGUAAUGAAGGGUUGGAAUAUACUGACAAAUUCCGAGAGGUCCAGGAAAGCAAGAGAGGGUGUAAUGGAGUUCCUGCUGGCAAAUCACCCAUUGGAUUGUCCAAUCUGUGAUCAAGGAGGAGAAUGCGAUCUACAGGACCAAUCAAUGAUGUUUGGCAGUGACAGGAGCCGAUUUAUGGAAGGGAAGCGUGCUGUUGAGGACAAGAACAUUGGCCCACUAGUCAAAACAAUCAUGACUCGAUGUAUACAGUGCACUCGGUGUAUCAGGUUUGCUAAUGAGAUUGCAGGUGUAGAUGAUUUGGGAACGACAGGAAGAGGAAAUGACAUGCAAGUUGGCACUUACAUUGAGAAAAUGUUCAUGUCAGAACUAUCAGGAAAUGUCAUUGACAUCUGUCCAGUAGGAGCACUUACCUCCAAGCCGUAUGCCUUCACUGCCCGUCCAUGGGAGACAAGAAAGAUUGAGUCCAUUGAUGUUCUUGAUGCAGUUGGAAGUAAUAUUGUAGUGAGCACAAGGACUGGAGAAGUAAUGAGAAUUUUGCCAAGGUUGCAUGAAGACAUAAAUGAGGAAUGGAUCUCAGACAAAACAAGGUUUGCUUAUGAUGGUUUGAAACGCCAGAGGCUUUGUCAGCCAAUGGUCAAGAAUGAAGAAGGGCUGUUAGUAUAUUCCUCAUGGGAAGAUGCGCUGACUUGUGUUGCUGGAGUGCUGCAAAGUUUCCAAGGUAAGGAUGUUGCUGCAGUUGCAGGAGGACUGGUGGAUGCAGAAGCAUUGGUAGCUCUAAAAGAUUUGAUGAACAGAGUAAAUUCUGACACACUGUGUACUGAAGAGGUCUUCCCUACUGCUGGAGCCGGCACAGACCUACGUUCUAACUACUUGCUUAAUAACAAGAUUGUGGGAGUGGAGGAGGCAGAUAUCCUGCUUCUGAUUGGCACCAAUCCACGCUUCGAAGCACCACUGUUUAAUGCCAGAAUUCGAAAGAGCUGGCUUCACAAUGACCUGAAAGUGGCGGUUGUGGGAAGUGCAGUGGACCUAACCUACACAUAUGAUCACCUGGGAGAUUCUCCACAGAUACUUCAGGAUAUUGCUUCAGGAAAACAUGAAUUUGCCAAGGUCCUUAACCAGGCCAAAAAACCAAUGGUGGUCGUUGGCAGUGCAGCUCUUCAGCGCAGUGAUGGAGCAGCUAUCCAUGCUGUAGUUUCUACCAUUGCACAUAAUGCCAGGACAAAAAGUAGAGUUGGUACUGACUGGAAAGUAAUGAACAUCCUUCAUAGGGUUGCAAGCCAAGUAGCAGCUUUGGAUUUGGGUUUCAAACCAGGAGUAGAUGCAAUUCGGAAGAAUCCUCCCAAAGCAUUAUAUCUCCUGGGGGCAGAUGAAGGUUGCAUAACACGUCAAGAUCUGCCAAAGGAUUGUUUCAUCAUUUAUCAGGGACAUCAUGGUGAUAUCGGUGCUCCCAUGGCUGAUGUUAUUCUACCAGGUGCAGCUUACACAGAGAAGUAUGCAACAUAUGUGAAUACUGAGGGCCGAGCCCAGCAGACAAAAGUAGCAGUAACCCCCCCUGGCAUAGCCAGAGAGGACUGGAGAAUUAUUAGAGCAGUCUCUGAGCUGGCUGGUAUGACUCUCCCAUAUGAUAACCUUGAUCAAAUAAGGAACCGAUUGGAGGAAGUGUCUCCUAACCUGGUCCGAUAUGAUGAUGUAGAAGCAGCAAAUUACUUCAGUCAAGCAAAUGAGCUGUCCAAGUUAGUGAAUCAACAGCUUCUUGCUGACCCUCUUGUUCCACCCCAGCUCACAAUUAAAGACUUCUAUAUGACAGAUCCAAUCAGUAGAGCAUCCCAGACAAUGGCCAAGUGUGUGAAAGCUGUUGUUGAAGGUGCUAAGGCCGUAGAAGAGCCAUCUUUCUGCUGAAGAAAAUGAUCAUGCCACUCCCAAACGAGUUCUGGCAAUAUGUUGCUAAUGUUCAAAAAACACCUUUAAGUGAUGCUGUAUUAUGUUUUAGAUUCAUAUCUUCACAAAUAUAGUACACAUAAUUUAAUAUUUUCAGGCUGUUGUCACUGUGUGGAGUUGUGCGCAGUGUUUAUACCUAGAAACAUUUUAUGCAGCCAUUGACUGUACAAACAUGGUAUGAUGAUAAAACAUUUAAUACCUAUGACUGGUUUGGUUUAUGGUUCUCUUGCAUAUAAAUUUCAACAACCUAAGCCUUCAAGAAAGUUUAAAUGGGAAAAAUACUGGAAACAUUGUGUCAGGAAGGCUAGUAUCGAAAAAUCCAGUUCUUGACUAUUUUGAGCAUUUUGAGGUUGCAAAGAUCCAAUUGUUGUAUACCAAGGGGGAAACGUGUGCUUACUAUACUGAGUAACACACUGCAUACACUUACAAAAACUAGCUUUGGUUGGUUUUGGUGUUCAUUUCAUUUAUCCCCUGCAGAAACAUUUUACUUGCAAAAAUUGUAAAAUCUGUCUGACAUCUUUUUCACAAACCUGUUCCACACAAAGUUGUCACAAUUAUACCUCCUUCCCCCCACCAAUCAAGACUUAAUAUUAUAAAGAAGAUUCAGUGAUUAGGCUGGCUUAUCACCAUAAUACUUACAAUCCAGACCACCUCUUCUCUGAGAACAGCUUUUCCAGCAUUUGCUUCAUGUCAUUACAGAGUAAAAGAUUUUGGCUUCAGAAUAGAUGACAUUUUUAAGACGGUUGUAAACAUUUGACUCCAAACUAUGUCUCAUCCACUUUAAAAAAAAGUCUCCAGUAACCAAGGUGUAAAUGAAAACUGCCACAGUUGGCAAAUGUUUAAAUUUGCCAAAAGUAAGCUG